AUGCCUUACAGCAAAACAGACGAGCUUGCCAUCAACACGAUCCGCACCCUCGCGGUCGAUGCCACCGCGAAGGCCAACUCGGGUCACCCGGGUGCCCCUAUGGGCAUGGCCCCGGUUGCCCACGUCCUUUUCAACAAGUUCAUGAAGUUCAACCCCAAGAACCCGGAAUGGUUGAACCGCGACCGAUUUGUCCUCUCCAACGGUCACGGAUGCAUGCUUCAGUAUGCUCUGCUGCACCUGUUCGGCUACCAGAUCAGCAUCGACGACCUGAAGAACUUCCGUCAAAUCGACUCCAUCACCCCCGGUCACCCCGAGUCCCACGAUACCCCCGGUAUUGAGGUCACCACUGGCCCUCUUGGCCAGGGUUUCGCCAACGCUGUCGGUCUUGCCAUUGCCGAGAGGCACACUGCCGCUGUUUUCAACAAACCCGGAUACGAGCUGGUCAACAACUACACAUACGCUUUCUUCGGUGAUGGCUGUGCUAUGGAGGGUAUUGCCUCAGAGGCUGCUUCAAUGGCUGGCCACCUGCAGCUCGGCAACCUCAUCAUGGUCUACGACGACAACCACAUUUCCAUCGACGGUGACACCAAGUGCGCUUUCACCGAGGAUGUCAUGAAGCGAUUCGAGGCCUACGGCUGGCACACGCAGCACGUCGAGGACGGUGACUCCGACCUCGAGGGCAUCGAGGCUGCUAUCAAGAAGGCCCAGGAGGUCAAGGACAAGCCUUCCGUCAUCAAGCUGACCACCACUAUUGGUUUCGGCUCUAAGCUCCAGGGUACCGGCGGUGUCCACGGCAACCCCCUGAAGCCUGACGACAUCAAGAGCGUCAAGGAGAAGUUCGGUUUCGACCCCGAGCAGACCUUUGUCGUUCCCCAGGAGGUUUACGACAUGUACCACAAGCACGCCGCUGAGGGUGCCGCUGCUGAGCAGGAGUGGAACCAGCUCCUCGAGAAGUACAGCAAGGAGCACCAGGACCUGUACAAGGACCUUGUCCGCCGUCAGACCCGCGACCUCCCCGAGGGUUGGGAGAAGAGCCUCCCCACAUACAAGCCCACUGACUCCGCCAUCGCCUCCAGGAAGCUGUCCGAGGCUGUUCUUGAGGCUAUCCACGGCGUUGUUCCUGAGCUCAUCUCGGGUUCUGCCGAUUUGACUGGCUCCAACAACACCCGAUGGAAGAACGCCGUCGACUUUCAGCCCCCUAACCUGGGCAUUGGAGAGUGGUCUGGCCGCUACAUGAGGUACGGUGUCCGUGAGCACGCCAUGGCCGCCGUCAUGAACGGUUUGUCUGCCUACGGUACCAUCAUUCCCGCUGGUGGUACUUUCCUCAACUUCGUCUCGUACGCCGCCGGUGCCGUCCGCCUUUCCGCGCUCUCUCACCAGCGUCUGAUUCACGUUGCUACCCACGACUCCAUUGGUCUUGGUGAGGACGGUGCGACUCACCAGCCUAUCGAGACUCUCGCUCACUUCCGUGCUCUGCCCAACUGCAUGGUCUGGCGCCCCGCUGACGGCAACGAGACCUCUGCCGCCUACUACAUGGCCCUUACCUCCAAGGGCACUCCCUCUAUCCUCGCUCUCACCCGUCAGAACCUGCCCCAGCUUGAGGGCUCCACACUCGAGAACGGUAUCAAGGGUGGAUAUGUUGCUCUUGAGAAGGAGGGUGCUGAUGUCACACUCGUCUCCACUGGUUCUGAGGUUUCCCUCUGCCUCGAGGCCGUCAAGACCCUCGAGGAGCAGGGCCUUAAGGCUCGUGUUGUCUCUCUGCCCUGCUGGGAGGUAUUCGACGCCCAGGACAAGGAGUACAAGCUCUCCGUUAUCCCCGACGGUAUCCCCACACUGUCUGUCGAGGUCAUGUCCACACUUGGUUGGGAGAAGUACUCGCACGAGCAGUUCGGUCUCAACAGGUUCGGUGCCUCCGGCCCUUACAAGGACGUCUAUAAGAAGUUCGAGUUCACCCCAGAGGGUGUUGCCAAGCGCGCGAAGCUCACCGUCGACUUCUACAAGGAUGUCAAGCCUCUUCGCUCGCCCGUUAACCGUGCUUUCCAGCAGCUUAUCUAA